ACCACGAGGUGAUGCGCUUCGUCGGUAACGUGAGUCAGGACGAACAUUUCAAGUUGGUUCUCCAUGAUUCAUCUGGUUCCCUCCUGGUCGGCGGCAGGAACGUGAUAUACAACAUCAGCGUCACUGACCUUCAGGAGCAGAAUCAGAGGGUGGAGUGGCACCCCAACGCUGCCCAGAUGAAGUCGUGCUACAUGAAGGGGGGGUCGGAGGAGGUGUGUCAGAACUACAUUCGCAUUCUGACGGAGAAGUCGCCGGGGCAGUACCUCAUCUGCGGCACCAACGCUUACAACCCCAUGUGCAGGGACUUCAGACUCGCGGGAGGAGCUCUGGAGCGGGACAGGGAGUACCCGGGCCGUGGACUGUGUCCCUUCGACCCAUCCCACAACAGCACCGCCGUCUUUGCCGACGGUCAGCUGUACGUGGGCACCAUUGCGGAUUUCGCGGGGCUGGAGCCUCUAAUCUACCGUGAACCAUUACGAACUGAGCAAUAUGAUCUCUCCACCUUAAAUUCUCCUAACUUUGUAAGUUCUUUUGCUCUGGGGGAUUUUGUAUACUUCUUUUUCCGGGAGAUUGCUGUGGAGUACCUCAACUGUGGCAAGACCCUGUACUCAAGAGUGGCCCGGGUAUGUCGCCACGACAAGGGGGGACCUCACAAGUUUCGCAACAAAUGGACUUCCUACCUCAAGUCCAGACUCAACUGCUCCGUCUCCGGGGAUUUUCCUUUCUACUUCAAUGAGAUACAGGCAACAACAGAACCUGUUGAAGGGCGCUAUGGAGGCCAUGCCACAACUCUGCUCUAUGGUGUUUUUACUACCCCAGAAAAUUCCAUUCCUGGUUCUGCUGUGUGUGCAUUCACAUUCCAAGAUAUCAUGGACACUUUUGAAGGCCCCUUUAAGGGUCAGGCUUCUGUAAAUGCCAAUUGGUUGCCCGUUCAGGGAACAAAGGUUCCUGAGCCAAGGCCAGGUCAGUGUGUGAAAGAUUCAAGCACACUGCCAGAUGUCACGUUAAACUUCAUCAAAACUCAUUCACUCAUGGAUGAAGCAGUUCCAGCUUUCUUUGGACAGCCUAUAAUCAUCAGUACCAGCUUUCAUUAUAGUGGUCGUUUCACAUCUAUAGCAGUGGAUGCACAAGUUAGAACACCUGAUGGGAAGUCUUAUGAUGUUCUCUUCAUAGGCACAGAUGAUGGCAAAGUGAUAAAAGCUGUCAACACAAAAUCCGCAGACUCUUAUCAAGAAGUAGACCCAUUUAUUAUUGAGGAGAUUUCUGUAUUUCCCUCACAUAUUGCUGUUACUUCACUGCAAGUGAUCAAACCCAGAGGCAAGCCACCACGCUUGCUAGUUGGUUCACGCUCCAUGAUCCACUCCAUUUCUUUGAACCGUUGUUACACUGACAAGAGCGUAUCUUGCAGUGAAUGUGUUGCUUUGCAAGAUCCUUAUUGUGCCUGGGACAAGAAUAAUCACAAGUGCCGCAUGCUGGGAAUUGGGAAAGAGAUGAUCCAGAAUAUCAGUGAUGGUGUUCAUAGUGAUUGUGGAAAGCCAGAGAAGAAAACCCAUCUGCCAUCACACUCUGCCUCGGUUAAUCCUGGUGCAUCAGGCACUCCUGUUCCAAUUGCUGAUGAUGAUGAUUUAGAUCAUAAAGUGCCAAGCAGCCAGAGUGUUCCCUUGCAUUUCACAGCUGAAACGUUGGCCAUAGCUGUAGCAUCUGCAACCAUUGGUGCACUCAUCCUAGGGUUUAUUACUGGAUUUUUUUGCGGAAAAAAGUGCAAUAAGGAUGAAGACAACCAGUUGUAUGCUGAUACAGAUUAUGAGUAUUUUGAUCAAAGACAAAAUGCCAAUAGCCGGCUGACAGGUGAACUUCAAGAAGAGGUAACAUAUGCAGAGCCUGUUUUGGUUCCCCAGGCACUCAAUAAGCCAGUUAAUCUUGUGUUGAAUAUGUCUCCCAAGGCUACUUUAAAAACUCCUGGUUCAAACACUCCCGGAGGAAACAUGGGAUCUGUAGGUGCCCCCAUGGGACCAUCUCUAGGGCUUCCUACUACUGGCGUGUCAGCAGGACCCCAUGAUAUCCCCAUGCAUUACACACCAGAGUCAUACUCUACCCAUGGAACUCUGCGUUCAUCGGAGAAGUAUGGAACCAGGGGCCGUGAUCACCGGCCACGAGAUUAUGAUCAUAGGCUUGUUGAUGGAUACUCAACCACCCGUUCUGUCAAGAAGGUGUACCUGUGAGAUGCCUGCCCUUACAAUUCCCCAGCCCCCCUAUUAAGUACAGUACUCAAGUUCAGCUGUAUACCGAGAACUUGAGUCAUAGCCUCACCAUAGCUUUGCAUCUACUGGAAGUGCAUGGGUGGGCUGGCCAAGUGUGGGCAUGUGGGACAGACAGAAUUAAUGUGAGCUCUAAGAGUCCCAUACAGAGUCCUGUUCUAGUCCCCACUCGCCGCCAGUAUUAUGUACAUACCACCCUAGUGCCAAGAGACACUUCUACUCCUUCGAUAAAUCUCCCGUAAUCAAAGUAUUAUGUAGCUAGUGUCACAAAAAUCAAAUCAUCGAGUCACGAGACACUGCUGGCAAUACUCGAUGUGACGUUAGCAAGCAUGAGAAGAUGUAGGGUGUAAGAAGUGAUUUAGUUUAAAGUAGAAAAAAUAUUACAAUAAUACUAUGGAGAUUUAAAAACAAAGCAUUGACAUUAUUUGUAAAAUACAGUACUUUCUUGGUGGCCCUCAGUCAGUGAAGAAAAUGAAUAAAAGGGCUGACAGUCUCCUAUCAUAUUACCGUCUGAUUGCAUAACAAUGUAAUUUUACAAUCUUUUCAUUAAAAAUGAAUUGAUGUAAAUUUCUAGAAUUACAAGACAUGAUUUAAAUGUGUCUAAUACAAAUACAUACACAACAGUUUGACUUUUGCAAGAUGUGGAAUCCAUUUACGUUAUGUGAACAAGAGUGCGAUUAAUGGUGUUUGAUACAGAUAUGCAGAAGCAUUUUUGAUGAAAGUUGUAUACACACCAAAGCAUCAUACAAUAUAUCCUAGUUAGUGGUGUUUAUAAUACAGACAAAUUAAUUACUCAACCUGGCUAGGUAUGGGUUAAUGCAAAUAUCAGAGAAGACAUUUUCUGAUAAAAUUACUUAUCUGCACACAUGAAUUAUGUAGCCUGACUGGAGUUUGGUACCAGAUUAUAGGACCAUAGUGUGAAGUCCAGUAAUCAGGCAAGUUCAAUUUGUGCAUCUCAUGUAACUUGUAUAGGGCCUGUGAUAAGUGAUAUUGCUUGGACACUCGACAUCACAUUGUAUGUAAGGCAUUCUGAGGGGUUACUAACUCCUCUGCUCUUGUCUAGUAUAUAUGCUAUGUAUUAUAUCACCCAAUCCUACUGCUAUAUUCUCAUAGACAAUUUUGCUCGAAAUUCCUUCUGUCUCAGACUUCACUCUGAUAAAUUUUUAUUUAGACUGAAUGAUCUGUAUAUAGUGUACUCUUGUCCAUUGUAGAAGUAUUUAAUAAGUGAUUGGAUCAUCAAUAUUUUAGCCUUUGAUGAUAGUUCUCCAAGGCUAUUACUUCCAGCUGUAGAUUGGAAAGAAUUUAAUACAAAACAUAUUUAAGGUUAUUAAUUGUUGAUCUUUUCACAAUGAUGAACUGACAAGUCAUAUUUCCAACAGUACAUUGUGUCUGAUAAGGAAUGAAAUGGGUAAUUACAUGCAUAGUCUGAUACAGUUUUUCUCAGUAAUAAAGAAAUGAAAAAAUUGCACACUUUAGUGCUUUAAACAUUAAUUUUGACUGAAUAUUUAGCCUCAGAUACUAUGCUUUAUGUAUUACACAACUUCUGGGGGAUGAACUUUGUCUCCCCAAGCGUGUGUGUAAUUUUCCUGUGGAGUUAGUUCAUAUGAUUACUGCAGUAUGUUUUUUUUUUUUUUUUAAUUCAAUUAUCCUUUUAUGACAGUAUUGUUUCUACCUCUUGAAUUUUGAAGGAGGCACAUAAUGGGCACAAACUUUUGGUGCUUUAUAAUUUUGUACUUUUUUUCCCUCUUGACCUGAAUAUAGUGUUGCAAGUAUAUGUAUGUCAGUUUGGCUUGUGUUUCUUCCUGUGUACAUUAAUAAAAGAAGACAGAUCAUCUAUAAUGGAUCUUAUAUUUGCUGGAAAAGAUCAUUAUUAAUUCAUGGAGAAGUGCUAAGCCCAUUGGGGGUCACAUAUUGCCUGGGGAAUAGGAGGUGAUCAUAUUUGGUCUAUGGGGAUCAGACAAAAAGAAAUUUCCAAUAGACUAUGUCAAUGCAACAUAAUAGAAACAUGGAUUGUAGAUUACUUAAGAUAACAUAUAUAACCAAGCUAUUUAAAUGAAACAAAAGUAUGUGAACAGGAUAAAUAUGAUUAGAAAAGAGGAAAUUGUCAACCUGUGUAUAUGAUAUUGCUAUAAGAUAGUAGGGUACAAAGAUAGAGAGCAGAGAGGAAGGAGGAGUCACACUGCUCACCAAAAACCAGUGGGGACUUGAGGAAAUGGAAGGAAUAGAUAAAAUGGGUGUAAGGGACUACAUAGUAAGAAUAAUUCAGUAAUUGCAGUAAUGUACAACCUGCCACAGAAUACAGCAUUCCAACAUUAAAUUUUGAAGAUAUUAGAAAAAAUGGUUCAACAAUACAUGUUGGCAAAUAAAGGCAAGAAGACCCCUUGGAAUCAGAUUAUUACCAUUUAUUACAUCCAUGUGGAAAUGCUACACCAAUAAGGGUCAUACCACACCUGACAAGUCACAUGAGAAUACCUCCCAAUGCACAAACUUCCAUGCUCACAUGACCAUACUAGGAUAAUUAAGCUACAAAAAGGCAAUUUUAAGAGAAUAAAGCACAAAGACUAUAAUACCGUAGCAAUUUGUAACUUAUAAAUUGAGAAUUAGGUUAUGAAUAAUAUCUAUGAGACACUAUGCAAAGAUUAAACAUAAUGAUGAUACAGCAAUGAAAAGAUUUUGAGAUCAAAAGCAUAACUAUUCCUGCGAUGACAAAUAAACUAUGCAGUCCAAGAUGAUUCCUUGAAACUUUCACUUUAAGUUAAAAGUCAAGUGAUGAAGCUCACCCCAAAAAUCAUUAAAUUUUGAUACAUAAUGUCUGUGUUUAAUACUUUAUGAUCAAUACAAAUAUGAUACUAUACCAAUAUUGUAAAAAAAACGAAAAAAGCAAAUGUGCCUUUCAAUACUAAUGAGUACAUAAGCAUAUGCACACUCAGUGGUGUGCACCCCAUACUAUCAACAACAAUAUCCAAGGUCCGAGGCUCAACCAUUUUUUUAAGUAGUAAAUAUAAGACAGUGCCAAUUCAAAGGUAGAAGACAUAAGGAAACAAGGCAAGUACAUUUAAAAGGUGCCAGUAGGAACAGCAUAGCUGAUCAACCAGGCUUGCCAGAGGAAAUAAAGAAUUCUAUAAAGAUUGACAAUGGUGUACUUGACAUCAGUUUGAGAAUGAAGAAAAAAUAUAACUGCUUACAAGUGUACAAGAGUCAAAGGGAACAAACAAGAAAGCUUUUGGAGCAAACAGCAGCAAGUAAAACAAAAGCACUGUGUCUAGUAAAUACAGCAGUUGACAAAGUGAAAUGCACUGAAGAGAGGUUUUUAUGCAAAUACUGCUGCAAAAUUUAACAUUAUGAUAACAGUGACUCUGUGUGACUAUAAGUUGGUAAUUACAAAUCACACAGGCACAAAACUGACUGACAUAUGCACUUUCACACUAUUUUUACCUACCAUGUUGUAAUGGUAUUCUUUCAACAACAAUUUACUUAAUUUGUAAUAAUGUCAUUCCCAUGCAUACAAAGUUUCUCAUCCUAGGUCAAAGAAUGUAAGGCUUUAGAGGUACUGAUUAAAGAUUAAGAAAAGAUUUUUACAAGGCACAGUGGUAGAAGAGUUGCUGUACAGAAUCGCUUCAUGGUGGCAGUGUAGUGUGGGUGUUGCUUUGUGACUGUCAAGGUGAGAAAAACUGACAGGUAGAGUUUUGACAUGGAGCGAUCAACCCACCAAACUUCCUCAACACCAUCCUCUCCCAUUAAGAAACUCAGUUUUCUCUUCAAGUUAGUGCCGCCGGGAAUAAUGACUAAAGCACAGUAUUUUCCAAAAAAAUCUAAAUUAAUCAUGGUAAACUGAAAUAAUUAAGAGACAUAAAUGCCAUAAUACAACAGUACUUGCUUUAUGAAGAAUUUUUUUUUUCUUUUUGUAAUUCUAACAGCCUCACUGUGAUUUUGCUCAAGGCUAAAUCUCAUGAAAUAUAUUCCUGUACAGCAGCAAAACUACACACAAUCACGAGGGCAUUAUCAUCAGUAUCAUUUUAAGUGCAAAAUUUAGUGUGUUAACUUAAAAAUAUCUGGUAAAUGUAUAAAACAUCAGCUGAAAGGUUUAGUAGUAACUUCACACUUACUCAUAACUCUACUACUGUAAAUUUAGAAAAUGAAAUUUCAUUUGGAAAUGAUCACAACAAUUCAUGAUUUUCUAAAUAGGAGCAUCAUUAUUAAAUUUCAAUUAAGAAAAUACCUGCAAUUUAGAAUUUACCAUAUACUGUACAGCAACAUAGUAUGGCUCUCAAAAUUUUUUAAUUCAAAAUCUCUGAAAUUCUGAAUUUUGAAGAGAUCAAAAAUUCUAAAUACCUGUAUCAAGGAAAAUCUCUUAAUUUGGAUUUUUUUAAUAAGAGGCAUUUAAUUAUUAUUAUUUAGAAUAUAUAAAAUUUGGAUCUAGGUAUACAGUAUAGUAUAAUAUUGUGAAUAUGAGAUAUUGCAGUAUGUAUGGUCAAAAGCAAAAUUUAUAACUGGACAUAUAUGAGAAAAGAUUAUUGAGUGGUAUACAGAAAUUAUGAAUACUUUGAGCAAAAAUGUUUAAAUUCAUAAGUAUUAAGUAAUUUUUGUCAAUUUUAAUGUUGAAUUUCAGUAAUUAGACAUAAUUACAUUACAGGACAGUCUACAAUCUGUCAAAUCUUUAAGAUUCACUGACCAUUCCAAUAAUCAAAAGCAUAUCAUUGAAGAAUGCUGGUUGUGUAUAAUCUUGAUAUUAAAUAUACAAUUGCAUAGUGACAGUUUUGAAAAAUAAAAAUAAUACAUAUUAGUGAGUACAGUUAGUUAACAUGUCUCACACUUGACAGAUGGGGGAUCGAGCCUCCACCACUCCUUAUGCUGAAUGACCCACAUGGGUUUAGUGCUUCACAUGAAUAAUAACCUAAUAAUAAUUCACCUUUCAUUUUAAGAUGUACAAGAUGAUCUCGUAUGAUUAUUCUUUUUUGUGUAGUAACACUGCAUCUACAGUAUUAUGCUGCUUAAAUAUUCAUAUAAAGCAUUUUACUUUAAUACUGUUAUAUUCAUGAAAAGUGCUAAACCCAUGGUUUGCUGUAAUAACCUCCAGUGACUGCAGUAUUCAAAAUCAUAAUGGACUAUACUCAAUUAUAUUAGGAAUGCAUGUAAUUAAAUUAUCUUAUUUGCAUAUUGCUUCUAUAAGGAUUUUUAAUUUUAUUAAAUAUGUGCUCUAUAUUCAGGGACUUAUGAGUAAAUAAAUAUAAAACCAAGACUACAGUCUUGGAAGAGCCACUAUUCUCCCCAUUGAUGGGAGCCCGGCGGUAUCACAGGCACAUCUCCCUCCCUUGGUAAAAGCUUCCCGUGCCCCUCCCCUGCGCCCUGCGCAGCAACACACCAUCAUUGUUAUAAUAAAAUGUGCAUUUACAAA